AUGGCAGACAGUCUCGACCUGGAUCAGCUGCAAGCGCAGCUCGAACUCAAGCGUUCCGCCUUGGCAGACAGCAUCUUGUCCAAGCUCCCCGGUCUGGAGGCAGCAUCGUCGUCCCAAGCGCCGCCCGAGCCCACAUCCCGUCCGCGUCAUUCGAACCUCGGAUUGGGGGCGACACCGAAGCAGCAGAGUGGGAGCAAUGGCAAGUCGCACAGUGCCGCCGAUGUACGAUUGAAGGGCGCGCUGACUGCGAAGCGCAAGCGUCAGGAGGAGCCUUUGGCCCAAGUGGAGGACGAGGAGGAAGAAGAGACGAGCAGAGCGGGGGCGAUAGGCAAGAAGGCGAAGCCCAGUGGCAGUUCCAAUGGCAAGGGGGCAAAGAAGGAUCCUUUUGCGGCAACGGGCGUCGAGGCGCAACGAGCGGCCCAAAACCAGCCCCGUAUCGUCGUUGUUGACGGCGAAAGCGUCGAUCUGUCCAAACUCAGUAAGACACAGCGCAAGAAGAUUAACAAACAGCUCAAGGCACAGGAGCUGUCGACGAGCAACGAGAUUCCAACGGUCACGGCGAAGAUCGCCCCUGCAGCCUCGUCAUCAUCACCGACAAAAGCACUUUCGACAACUAGCACAUCCAGCACCGCACCGGCACUGACACCACUCCAAGCGCAAAUGCUCUCCAAGCUCUCCGGCAGCCGGUUCCGGACGAUCAACGAGAAGCUCUACACCACCGCGUCGACCGAAGCCGUGCGUAUGAUCGAUGCUGCACCGGCGAUGUUUGACGAGUACCACGCCGGGUUUCGCGAGCAAGUGCGCUCUUGGCCCAAGAACCCUUUGGAUCGGAUCGUUGAGCUGUUCGAUGCGUCUUCCUCCUCGGCUAAGGGUAAGAAGAAAGGUGUCGCGGAAGUAGCAAAGGGUGGGAAGGCGAGGUUCUCCCCGGGAGCGCUAGUGGUCGAUCUAGGCGCGGGCGAGGGAGGUUUGGCGAAAAAGUUGGUGCCCAAGGGAAUCAAGGUUUUAUGCUACGAUUUGGUCACGACGAGCGAUGGGUGGGUGAGGAAGCAGGACACUGCGGCUCUUCACGGUCUACCCCUUCCCGGCUUCUUCGAUAGCAACGACCCACUUGGGCUGCACCCACCACCAGAGGGAGCAGCACCCGGCGUCGCAGACGUCGCCGUCUUCUGCCUCAGCCUCAUGGGGACGAAUUGGAUCCACAUGCUGCUGGAGGCCAAACGCGUGCUCCGAACGGGCGGCGAGCUGAUCAUCGCCGAAGUGUCGAGUCGGUUUGCCGACGGGUUUGAGGCGUUUGUCAAAGUGGUCAAGAUGCUGGGGUUCAAGUUGGACGGUAAGGACGCCAGCAAUACCCACUUUGUGUUGUUCGAGUUCACCAAGCUGGGACGGGAGGAGCAUGUAAGGUCGCUGGAGGGGGUGGAAGGUAGCGAGAUCGACCCAAACAAUACGUCGCUGGACGAGCUCGCCGAACACGGAAAGUCGCUCCUCAAGCCUUGUAUCUACAAACGUCGCUGA